AUGGAAAGAAAAGAGCGGUCUUGUCCUCGUCCGGCCACUGCCACAGCGAACAAGGAUCAAGAAACGCUCUCCUGGGGGCCGGGCGGGUCACGUCGCCAGGUUUCUCGCACCGUCGGAUCGCGAUCGGACGGCUGGGAUCAGUGUGGGAGGGGAGCGUGGCCCCCGGCGGAAAAUAAAAAGCGCCCCGUGCGGUGGUCUUUGUUUUCUGCUCCUUCGUCGGUCGGCCGGUCCGUCCGUCGUCGCCGCUCCGCCACACACGACGGCGCCACCCGCUGCCCGCCGGCGGUUCCCCGUGACGCGGCCUCCGGCGCUCUAGGAUCUUGCAGGGGCUGCCUCGUCAUAAUCCCCACGCCCCCACCCCCACCCCCACGCACUGACCUCCUCAUCAUCCCCACUUCAGGCCGCAGGAUGCAGCAGGGGCUUCAGCAACAGGUAAAUCGCCGCUUCAGGGGCGACGGCCGGCAAGGCCAGGCACUGUUUGCCGGCAGAUGUGAUUCAAGCAACAUUGGCUAUUUUGAAGGGUGAAUUCAGUCAAAGGAAUUGCGUUUCAACGCGUGUAAUUUUUGCCACCCAUACUGCUAAUGGACCAACAGCUUUUGUUUGGUAUCAGCAUUGAACGACUUAUGGCUCCUUUUGAUUCAAAAGAAUUUGACAGGAACUUUGGAGGAUUUGAGUCAGUAGGAUUUGCUUUUCCUUGGGAAGACUUUUCCCUUGUGCUACAGUUAUUUUGUUUCUCUUAUGAUGUGCCAAACAAUCUUUGAUGUUGAAUUACAUGACACACCAAUGCUUCGCUUUUCUUA